CUCACUCUGUCUCUCACUCACUCUCUCACUCACUCACUCUCUCUCUUUCACUCACUCUCUCACUCACUCUGUCUCUCACUCUCUCUCUCUCUCUCUCUUUCACUCACUCACUCACUUUCACUCUCUCUCGCUCUCUCUCUCUCUCACACACACACUCUCAGCUAGGCUUUAAUGCUAAUGAGUCAUCAUGAACUGUGGGAACGUGUUGCGCUAUGCUGAUGUAUGAAUAUUGUGGAAUAACUUAGACAGAAAAUGUCUUCAUAUUUUAGUCUGUUUGUAUUUUUGUACACAAUCAGUCUAUCUGACCAAUCAUUCGGUGAAAUGUUCACUUCGAUGAUGAGCGUGAAUCAAGCUGUUUUCUCAGAAAGACAACUCGUCGAUCUUUUACAAAUAUAUAUAGAUCACGAAAAGCGAAGACUUAACGAUAUUAAAAGGUUCUUUUCAAGAGUUACAGCAUUACAUACUGGGAUAUACAGUGGACCAUCAUCUACAAUAGCUAAUCCUGUUGCUGCAUUCAAAGUGGUCAAAAGACUUCAGUCUGAAUGGUUCAAUGUGGUUUACAGCAAUGAAGCCAAAGAAAACCUUCAAGCCCUUAGGGAUGGCUACAGUACGAUGGAAGGCAGCUUACCCAAGCUGGAGGACCUUCAGGGAGCAGCACAGGGGCUGAUGCGACUUCAGGAUGUGUAUGAUCUUCGUGUAGAGGGGCUCGUGAGAGGUCAUUUCCAGCAAAUGAAAAAUGGAAAUGCUGUUGACGUUUACAACCCCCUUUUGUCUGACACACUCUCUGGGGACGAUUGCUUCCUGAUUGGAAAGGUGGCGUAUGAUCUGGAAGAUUACUACCAUUCUGCGCAGUGGUUUGAGGAGGCUGUUCAGCAGUUACGAGGAACUAAAUGGAGUCCAGAACAUGAAGGGACACUUGAAAAUGCCCUUGACCAUUUAGCUUUCUCCCAUUUCAAGACAGGAAACAUAUCAUCCGCCCUCAGUCUCUCCCAGGAACUAUUGCUUCAUGAUCCCACGAACAGAAGGAUACUUUUAAAUGUCAACAAGUAUGAAAAGCUCCUUGUUGAAAGUCCCCUCAUCACUAGCCCAACACACAGGCCCAACACCACCUAUCUCAGAACCAGGACUGUCUAUGAAAAACUUUGCCAAACAAAAGGAUCUCAGCCAAAACAUUAUGAGAACCCCAGGUUGUUCUGUGACUAUUUAACCAAUGGCAAUCCUGGUCUCCUUCUGCAACCAAUAAAGCGAGAGCUGAUCAGUCUGGACCCCUAUGUUGUGCUUUUCCAUGGUUUUGUCACCCAUGCUGAGGCAAAAAGCAUCAGAGACUCUGCAGUGCCAGGGCUAAGAAGAUCAGUAGUGGCAUCAGGAGUAAAUCAGGCAACUGCAGAAUAUCGCAUCAGCAAGAGUGCUUGGCUUAAAGAGACAACUCAUGCAGUUGUGGGCAAGUUGGACCAGCGCAUUACUAUGGUCACUGGGUUGAAUGUGCAGCCUCCUUAUGCUGAAUACCUCCAAGUUGUUAACUACGGCAUUGGGGGACACUAUGAACCUCAUUUUGACCAUGCCACAUCUGACUCCAGCCCAUUGUACAAACUAAAAACUGGAAAUCGAGUGGCUACGUUCAUGCUAUAUCUGAGCUCUGUGGAAGCAGGAGGAUGCACAGCCUUUAUUUAUGCCAACUUCAGUGUUCCUGUAGUGGAGAAUGCUGCUCUCUUCUGGUGGAAUCUUUAUAGAAAUGGACAAGGAAAUCAGGACACUCUUCAUGCUGGCUGUCCAGUCAUUGUUGGCGAUAAGUGGGUUGCCAAUAAGUGGGUUCAUGAGUAUGGGCAGGAGUUCCGGCGACGUUGUAGCCUCAAUCCUGAGGAGUGAAGGGAAUAAAAGAAGGGUCUUGAACCACUUGGAAUACAAGAAUCAAUCACCAUAAAGGAACAACAGAGGCUAGAGGGGGAAUUAAAAGCUGACAAUGAAAGGGGAAAGCAGUCGAGAGCUGCCACUGUCCUUCAUAAGUGAUUUUAGACCCUACAUGGAUAAUUUUCAUGGAGGUCUAAAGAGCACUGGGAAAAAGAGGGAGUGUGUGUGUGUGUGUGUGUGUGUGUGUGUGUGUGUGUGUGUGUGUGUGUGUGUGUGUGUGUGUGUGUGUGUGUGUGUGUGUUGGGGAUUCCUUUAGCAAGUAGCCCUAAAGGCAAGCUGACCACUUUUUCCUUCUUUCCAGGUGCCCAGAUAUAUGAUGAAUAUGGAUAAUACAGAUGUUUACAUGACUGUGUAAUGUUGAUUUGUUUGAUGUAGUUUUAGAGAACGGGUGUUCUGACAACAAACUAUUUAAAAUCUGUUCUUAUAAUUACAAUUACAAUACAACUUAGAAAAAAGACAAUAAUUCAUCCACUUGAGCAUUUGUGUAGCGGUUUGUAUACUUGUAUGUAUCCUGUAGUAUCUUUUGACUCAGAAAAAUUCUACACAUGUGGCUGUGCAAGCAAACAAAAUUAAAAUCAGCAAUAAUUCAUUCUGAGUCAGCCUUUUCACAAUGUCAGGAUGCAACUUGAUAAUUAUAUCUUUAAAAAUGGCAUGCAAAGUGCAUUGAUCAUAUCAGCCCAAUCUUAGUGUCGCUACAAUGGCUACCUGUUAAAUUUCAUAUUCAUUUUAAAAUAAUUCUAACUACUUACAUAGCCUUGGAUGGUCUGGCUCCACAGUACUUAUGUGAACUUCUAUCACGCUAUAUUCCAUCACGUUCACUAACAAUUCGCAAAAUUAGGUGGAUCCUUUUCCUAUUUGGCUCCUAAACUAUGGAACAGUCUUCCAAAGAUGGUUCGGGACUCAGACACACACUCUCAGUUUAAGUCUAGACUAAAGACUAAUUUUUCAGCCAGACAUACACUUGCCUUAUCUGAAUUUAUCUAUCAACUCAUAGUUAUGCUGCAUUAGUCAGGUCUGUCGGAACCGGAAACACAUCUCAUAUUCUAUAAUCCUGUUUUAAAGUGAAUGGCAUCUGUGCUAAUAAUAUUCUGUUAGUUUCCCUGUCUUAAUUUGGGAUACAUAUCCUGAGGUUUCAAGAGCCUGCCAGAUCCAGCUCUUGUCCUGCAUGGUGUCCAACCCUGGUCCAGCCUGAUGUUCAUAGUACAUCUAUAGUAAAUACAAAUGCCUGUAAUUUUACACUAUGGAAAAUCAUGUCCACCAAACAGUAAACCUGUAUUUGAAAACAAAUAACACUUAAGUCAUAUAGUGACGGAUGAAGUUUUUUUCUAGCGGAAACUCAGGUGACAUCAUUUUGUCAAACUUGAUCUUCUGUAAAAGCAAAACAAUUUAGAAUACAAUUUUUGUAGAUGUUAAUGUAGACUGAAUUUUUGAUGCAAUUUAUGGAAUGUUGUACAAAAUUAAACCAGCAAGCAUUUUGGGAGAAAAGUUAAUUUGGUACACUUCAACCAUUUUCAAAUAUUAAUAUAGUUAUAAGAUAUGUAUGUACAGUUGUGACUAUGAGGAGGGCGUGGCCGGGCCGUGAUGGAACACAGCCGGCGCUGAAUCAGUUUAUCAGCAGGAGAGUGAGAUAAAGGGAAGCCAGAGAUGCUGGUUUGUGAGAUUGAGGUGCAUGCGGCCGCGUUGCAUGUGUGCCUGUGUUUGAUCCACUCUAACAGUUCAAGGAUGGGCAAGGAGGAGGCAGGAACCGGCUGAACAAAGUUUCAAUGUCAAACUUAAAACAAACAUAAACAAACACAGAUACACAUGCGACGUGGCCACAUGCGUCUUUCUCUCUCGAACCGGCGUCUCCGGCUGCCCUUUAUUUCGUUCUCCCGCUGAUCAGGUGAUUCAGCACUGGCCGUGCUCCAUCACGGCCCGGCCACGCCCUCCUCCUCGUCACAACAGUAUAAUAGAGGGAAUCCACAAGUCCUUUGGGGAAAAUACAUAAGUUGUAUUACCUCUAUACUUGAUUCUGUUUUGUACUGACUUAACUCGACUAUUAGCAUGACUGUUUUGCUUGAGGUGAACCACUGACAGACUUCUCUUCUUUGACUGUAUGCAGUGCUUACUUGAGACUUGACUCUGGACUUCAAGGUAUGGGCUUCUAUGCACGUGGGUGACUUGCUCCCACCUCUGGAGAUUCCUCAAUAUGCUACCCAGAGUUACAUGCCUUGCUUUCUGAAACUCUCCAGUUUCUCUUGUUGUUAUUGUAAUUGUGAUUAUAAAAUAAAUUAUAUUUUUUAUAUAUUAAAGCAGCUUUUAUCUUCUGUCUUUCCCUACUGAGUUGGUAAGUGGCAAGCAGAACCACAAAUAAAAAAUGUUCUGCGCUGUUUAGUAACAGAUAUUACUUA